AUGUUGGCCACGGGUGGAUCUAUCGCAAGAAGGCUAAUACACUCGUCUUGCCGACUGGCCUGCGAAGGGAAAACCAAAGAAGUUCCCACUCCAGAAGAAGUAAGCGUUCUCAAUCAAAUCGUUUUCUGAUUUACAUUUAAAGGCUGGAUACGCGUACAACCAUGUGGAUCGGAAAAAAGGAAUGUACAAACCAACGCACAGCAUCUCCGAGCAGAUUGCAUACAUGAAAAGCAAAGGUUCGGAUGCAGCUCCACUUAAAUAGAAAAGAUGAGGGGAUUUCAGCAUACGCGGAAGCAUACAAGGGUCUGCCGAUCUACAGAUGGUACAAGAGAAACAUCAAAGUGAGAAAAUGACUGAAGCUUUUGAGAUAAUCGAAUGAAUAUUCAGGGUCAAUCAAAACUUCAACCGCCACCAAGACUGUUCUGUAUCGACAAGCACGGCCGAUUUAAUUUGAAUCACGCUUGCCCUGUAAGACUUCGAAACUCCAUUUUCUCAAAUAUUCACUCAUUCUUAGGUCUGCCGUGACGAAUAUCUGUACUUUGACUAUCGCAAUCCAUCGCUCAUCGAGCAGUUCCUGGCCGAUGGAACCGAUCAACCAAUCGACAUUCUGAAGAGUGGAUUGUGUCGUGAACAGUUCACUCUGCUCAAAGCACAACUUUUGAAAGCAAGAGAACAUGGUAAAUAAUCAGAAGUGUAUUACAUCGAAACUUUUUUUAUUCAGGAACAAUCACGUUCGGAGUGGAAUUCCGCAACUUCGAUUAUCGUCAAUACUACAAAAGUUGGACGGAAGAGCCCGGAAAGCCAGUGGAGCGAGCAGGAGUGCGUCUGCAGGACAUCCAUCCGGAUCCGCUCGUGCACUUCCCGACGUUCAAGAACGAUAAAAACAACGAUUGGGACGAGUGGUGGAUCAGACAUGACAAGUUCGCGAGGAAAGCCAAGUGA